AUGGCGCGCCCGUCGCGGGGCAGCCGGUGCCUUUGUCUGCUGGCCGGUGUGCUGAACACUGCGAUUGGCGUGCAGGUUCACGUCGAGCAGGGCCUCGAGCCCGCCAGCGAGCGGCAAAAGCAGAGGGAGGCCUACGCUGCCAUUGGUGCGCUGCUUGGCCAGAGCACCAAGCUGUCGCACUCACUCCAGAUCCUGGAGUACGUGUCCCGCUCGGCCAACCCGCCCAAGCUGGGCACCGCCGGCUGCCUGUACCUCCCGAGCAACGACGCCUGGAGGUCUUUCUACGAGUACGUGGAGCACCCCUACGCUCCUCUCUUCGCUGAGUUGGUCGCGAACGCCUACGACCCGGGCUGCAACAGGUCUGGCGUGGCGGACCUGAAGACCAGCUGGCAGGCGGCAGCCGAGUGCCCAGAGGGGCACGUGAGAGGACCCCGAAGAGACUGGCAGCUGGCGGGCCAGGAGGGCCCGAACAUGCGGCUGGGGCCGAGCGAGGCCAGCUGCGUGGGCGCGACGCAGAAGGGGUCUGCCAGGGGCAUCCAGGUCUUCGAGACCGAGGGGCACGACUGCCGCAGAAGUGGCAGUUGCACAUCAGCACGGUCGUGCGGAACAGCAGCACCAGGAGAGGUUGCGGAGAAAGGAGAAGAGCAUCGAGUCUCCCUUCUGCGAUGA